CCAAUCUGAGCAUAGUUAUGACUAGUGCCACGGUAGAUUGAUCGCCAUGAAACAAUCGCGAGACUUCAAAAAGCGUGAUGCAAUUUUUGAUUCGACGUGAGUUACUGCACGGUAAACUAGUUAAACUGGUGUUUGUAAAUUGACAACAUGUCAUUUUAUAAUUUUUUCCGAGAUAUAUUUGGCUUCGGAAGACGGGAGCCUCCGAACUAUGGAUUCGAAGAUCAAUCUCAACACAAAGAUGAAUUCAGGAACCCUAUUUGGCAAACUGACGAGGAUGAAGAUGAUGACAACGAUGACUUCAGACAUCCUGGGGUGGGAAAUUUUGGCUCAGGGCGUUUCAACGUCUAUACCGACCCAUUUGAAAUAACCCGGUACUUCGAGACACAAAUGGAUAGCAUGCUGAAAAACUUUUUUGGCUUUAGUCAUGAGGGUAUAAUGUCGCCAUUUGGCAAUCCAAGUGAAGAUCGUUUGCAGCAUCCACUACCAAUUGAACCACCCAGACAAUCAAAUCUACGGGAUGAAGUUUUAAAACCUGGUUAUGAAACACUGGAGCCACAAAACCAUCUCCCUCCUGAAAAACAAAAAUUAGAUAUUGACCUGGAUGGAAGAAUCACCAGCGACGAGUUAUCCAAAGUCUGGAAGGAUCCUUCGUCCCUACAAAGUACGGAUUCCUAUGCUAACACACCUCGUCAACGUCCAUUCGUUUUUCACUCCUUUGGGCAAUCAGUUUCCACUAAAAUUAUCAGAAAACCUGAUGGAACAAUUGAGCAGUAUCGUACCGUGAAAGACUCGAAUGGAAAUGAGGAGACUACGAUUACACAUCAGAUUGGAGAUAAAACCCGCACUGUUAUCAUUAAGAAAGAUAAAAACGGAGAAAAGAGUGAAACUGAAACUAUAAAUUCUCCGAAUCUGUUUAAUCCCGAACUGUCAGAGCCGUUUGAAAAUUCAACCGAUGAUCACCGAGACACGAGAAAUCCCCUUAACUACUUUCCUUGGCAGAAACUAUUUGGACCAAAUCCAAAAUUGUAAAUGAAGAAAUGGGACAGCAUGCGUAUGUACAUAGUAUAACAAAGUGAUAUGAUACCAAGGUAAUUUUGGAAUUGAACAGAUUUACUACUAGAGUUGAUAGUGCCGAUAAAUGUAGUAUAAAUAAAAGUAAGGAAAAUACGUGGUUGACGAAUUGUUUAUUGAGCAAAAAACGUCCCUUAUAUUUUCCAGCUAAAAAUUUAUUCACUGUUUUUAUGCUCUGUACAUGUUACAUAAUUAUAUACAAUCUAAUAAAAUCCAUUGUACUAUUCUA